CAAUUUCAACAUUUGGUCACAUGACCAGCACCUCCCUGCUAAGGAUGGGGAUAGAUUUCCACGUCAGCUUACGUCUCCAAAUUUCUACUUCACGGAUCUGCUUCAAAGACGCAGCUGCAUCAGAGAAUCAUGUGGAGCUCAGCUAAUGCGCCGAGAGCGAGGUAGCCCAGGAUGGAUUUUGAUGAGCGCGUGCCCUGCUCGUCUAACAUGUAUUUGCCCAGUUGUACUUACUACGUCUCGGGUCCUGACUUCUCGAGCCUCCCUUCUUUUUUGCCCCAAACCCCGUCUUCUCGCCCCAUGACAUACUCCUACUCCUCCAACCUCCCCCAGGUACAACCUGUAAGAGAAGUGACCUUUCGGGAGUACGCCAUUGAGCCCUCCAGUAAAUGGCACCCCCGGGCCAACCUGCCCCACUGCUAUUCGGCAGAGGAGCUCAUGCACAGGGACUGCCUGCCCGCCUCCGGCAGCGCGAGCGUGGGCGACAUGCUGGCCAAGAACUCCGCCAACGUCUACCACCACCCCAGCACCACGGGCACCUCGUCCAAUUUCUAUAGCACGGUGGGCAGGAACGGGGUCCUGCCCCAGGCUUUCGACCAGUUUUUCGAGACCGCCUACGGCCCCCCGGACAACCUGACCGCCUCCGCCUCCUCGGACUACCCGGGGGACAAGGGCGCAGACAAAAUGCCCCCGGCGGCCGGGGCGGCGGCGGCGGCGGCCGCAGCCCCGCCAACUUCAAGUUCGGACGCCGGCGGCGGCGGCUGCGGCGGCAGGGAGAAUGCGGCGGCGGCGGCGGCGGCGGCUGCCGCGGCCGCGGCCGAGGAGAAGGAAAGGCGCCGGCGGACUGAGAGCAGCAGCAGCCCCGAGUCAUCUUCCGGCAACAAUGAGGACAAAUCCAGCGGCUCCAGUGGCCAACGGACCCGGAAAAAACGUUGCCCCUACACAAAAUAUCAGAUUCGGGAACUCGAGAGAGAAUUCUUCUUCAGUGUCUAUAUUAAUAAGGAGAAGCGCCUCCAGCUCUCUCGCAUGCUCAACCUGACCGACCGCCAAGUCAAAAUCUGGUUUCAGAACAGACGCAUGAAAGAAAAAAAAAUUAACAGAGACCGAUUACAGUACUACUCUGCCAACCCGCUGCUCUAAGACUCCGUCCCGCUUUCGGAGCUUCGUGGGGCUUUUUUUUUUUCCAAGAGGAGAUUAAACUCAGAUUUCGCCCUUGACAAGGUCAAGCCACACGGUGACUUUUCAGGAAGAAGGUGUGGAACCGAGGGACAGAGGGAACUGGGGGGUUCACAAGCCAGAACAGCGCCCUGGACUGCCUCGCUGGGGUUGGGGCGUUAUUAUGGAGAAGGGGAUUUUCCUAUUGCCACAUCAACUGGAAUCCAUUCCAUUGGGACCUCUGUGGCCCUUACUCGGAGGAUUUGGGCCACCCCAUGCCCCAGGGAGGAGCUUUUACCUUUUACUGUGACAGAUCCUGCACCCGGGCAAGGAGCAGACUGGCUCCUUAGUUUCCAAACGUAGGCAUAGGACAAAAGGGGUCUCCACACCUAGCUGUAGGUCCCUUUGCUUGGGCCCCAGUGCAGGAUGGCUGAUCUGGGUUAGAAGGGGGUGCUCUAAGACCCAGGAUAUGCAGUGAGGACUAGUGCGAAAUCAAACUUGGAAAGAAAAAGCAAAAAUCAACAACACACCACCACGAGCAAACUGCAGACUUUGGGAAGAGGAGGAGGAGGAGGAGGAGGGAAAAGAAGGGAUAGGGGACCGAAGGAAGGAGAUUCUUCGGUCAGAGCAGGGCCCGCUCCCCCUUGAUAGAAUGGAAGACAGACUGCUCUCUCCAAAAGCCUAUGCGAAAAGAGGCAAACGAGAGAGAACGCUUUGGAAAUGUUUCUGAAAGAUUUCAGGUACCGACUCGCCGGAUCCCUUCGGGAAAACAAUACUAUCCCGGCAGCCCUAGCCCUCUGCCUACCUGGAGAGGCUCUGAGCUUUGUAGCGGGGAAAUAGCCACGCGGGAAAGAGCCCUUCCGGGGGCUGGGGCUGAGCCCCUGAACUUCAACAAUGGAUCAGAGGGAGAAGGGAGAGAAAAAAAACUAAUUCCCUUACAGGCUGUUUCUGACUCCCCAAAACUUUCUUCAGGAAAUACCUGUGGAGAGCGAGUUUGGCAAAUCCUACCCAACACUUAAUUGAAACGUGGAUUUGUGCAAUGCACUGACAUCGGAUCAUUAAAAGCCCUUUCAUCCAGUGUUGUUUGCGAAGGGAGGGAGGGAAGCAGGAAUUUCGCGACCGGGCAGAGCAGGCAGACAAUGUAAAUACUCGCGUUCUGUUUUCUCCCCUCCAGUUGUGUGUGUGUGUGUGUGUGUGUG